GCAAAAACCGCAGGCGCAUUGUCAUGGCCCUCUAAAUUUCCGGGAAAACACACACGAAUACUGAGACACCUUUGCUUUCUCAAAACAGCCAUAGCCAUGGCGGGAAUGGCAACAUCCUUCAAUGUCUCAUCACCUUCCUCCAUCCUCAGCCGUCCAUCACAGCUAUCAUCACUUUCAUUCUCAUCCAAGCCGUUCUUUCUGCCAAUGCGGAGUUCUGCCCGAAUGCCCCUACGUCUCAGAUGUCCCAGGAUAAUGGCGUUUUCUAGCAACGAUAUCAAAGUGGGUUCCAACAUUGAAGUUGAUGGAGCUCCUUGGCGAGUUAUAGAAUUUCUUCAUGUGAAACCUGGGAAAGGGGCUGCAUUUGUAAGGACCAAGAUGCGCAAUUAUAUAUCAGGAAAUACUGUUGAGAAAACAUUUCGAGCGGGCAGCACGAUUAAUGAGGCAAAUAUAUACAAGGAAACAAAGCAAUUCACAUACAAAGACGGUCCCCAGUUUGUCUUCAUGGACUUGACUACCUAUGAAGAAACACGUGUAAAUGAAUCAAGUAUCGGGGACAAAACAAAAUGGCUGAAAGAGGGAAUGGACUGCAAUUUGCUUCUUUGGAAUGAUAGACUUAUCGAUGUUGACAUCCCCAUCACGGUGAAACUGACUGUGGUUGAUGUUGAUCCUGGACUUAAGGGUGACACAGCUCAAGGUGGAUCAAAGCCAGCGACUCUCGACACUGGUGCUAUUGUCAAUGUCCCACUCUUUGUAAAUAUAGGUGAUGAAAUUAUGGUGGAUACCAGAACUGGGCAAUACAUGAAUCGCGCAUAAGUUUUGACUCAGAGAUUUCUCAACACCGGCCAAUAAAAUUUUGUAUUGUAUUUUUGUUUACCAGGCAGAAACUUUAUUAAAUUUGAUGCUAGAGCAUAAAUAUGUUAUAUCUGUACAUCAAGUUAGUGGAAGGUUUGUAAACCUUUAAACUCCUGCUGUAAGUGAUUGGCUUAUUUGAAAAAUGAAAAUAGCUUAUAUGAAGGCAGAGGAUGAGCAAUUUUUUUUUC